AUGCCCCAGAGGGUGCUAGACCUUUUAAACCCAUCGCACAGGACGCUUCCUGUCCGCUGGUCGAAGGACAAGGGUUUCUAUGCCGAAAACUUGUUUGUCGUUGAAUGUGAGGACCUUGGGGAUUUAGACGGCGUUCUACAAGAAGGCCGCAAGAACCGCCAGGUGCGCAGUCACGACAUGAACGAACACUCAAGUCGCAGCCACAGCAUACUGACCAUCAGCUUGGCUUCCGAAGUGCACGACCCCGAUGACCCGAACACGUUCAUCCGGCGCCAGGGAAAGCUGUCCCUCGUCGACCUCGCUGGCUCCGAGAAGACCAAGAAGACGCGCAGCCGAGGAAACACGUUCGUCGAGGCAAACAACAUCAACAAGUCUCUUCUUGUGCUCGGUAACUGCAUAUCAUGCCUGGCGGACCCUAAGAAGCGAACUGGCCAUAUCCCAUACAGGGACAGCACCCUUACUAAGCUCCUGGCCGACAGCCUUGGUGGCACUGGAAUGGCGUUAAUCAUAGCCUGCGUUUCUCCGAGCGCUUCCAAUGCCCACGAGACAAUCAACACUCUGCGGUAUGCAUCCAGAGCCAAGAAAGUCAAGACGAAGCCAAUGGUUCGAAUGGACCCCCGGGAGCUGCUGAUCCUCAGUCUUCGCCGAGAAGUUCGUUUACUGCGCAUGGAAAACAGCUACCUGCGCCAACAGUUGCUGAACGGCGGUGGGCAGCUACACCUAGGCAACGUGCUAGCCGUGGGCGGUGAACCUUCGGAAGAUGGCGACGAGAAGGCGCUCCUACACAAGUACAUGGCCGAGAACGAGGCUCUCAGAGUCGAGAACGCCACCAUGCACCACAUGCGGGAGAUGCUGGUCAGGGACCACGAGCUUGUCUGCAGGGAGAAUGAGCGACUCAUCAAAACUCUGGACGCCCUGGAAAAAAAGUGA